AGUGUCGGUGUCAGCGGGUUGGUUGGGUUUAUGUUUACAGCUCGGCUGGAUGCUGGCUGCUGAUGUUAUUCGGAAGUGCAAUGUUGUACCAACCGCCAUUGGAAUAAAUACAACCGUGGGAAUAAAGGUGAUUUUGCUCAUCAUCUCCCACCAAUUUCUUCUCCCGUCUUCCAUUCAUGAGCAGCGUGGCUGAGUUUAACAGCGGAAGCGAUGGAUGACAAGGGCUCGGUGGGGAAGAUUAGCGUGUCUUCGGACUCAGUGUCCACUCUCAACAGUGAGGACUUUGUCCUUGUGUCCCGGCUGGGGGAUGAGACACCCUCCUCCACUAAUAAUGGUAGUGAUGACGAAAAGACAGGACUGAAGGUGAUUUCUGAGGAAGGGGUCAGCUUUAAGAUUGUGGGGAAUGGAAGUGAGCAGCAGCUCCAGAGGGAGUUAGAGGAUGUCCUCAUGGACCCAUCGGUAGCUGACACUGGGCUCAGAUCAGAUAAAAGAAUGGACAGCCUUUAUGGGGGCGACCGUGGCCCACCUUCCACUACGGCGUCACCUGUAGCGCCAGGCUCUGACCCGCUGAGUGCACAACCACCCAAGUUGGAGAUGGUGCUUCCUGUUCAGACAGCUCAGGAGAGUGAACUGAAUGAGAGGUCGUACCGAGCAGAUGAAUCCUCGUCAGAUGGCAGUCCCGGCAGUCCCAUCCCAGAUGAGGAUAGCGUUGUGUUCAGCCAGCUGACAUACCUUGGGUGUGCCUCAGUCAACGCCCCCCGCAGUGAGCUUGAGGCCCUCCGUAUGAUGAGUAUCCUCAGAGGGCAGUGCCAGCUUCCCCUAGAGGUCACACUAUCUGUGCCAGGCGUGUCCGAAGGCACUGUCAGGUUGCUGGACCCCAACGCCAGUACGGAGAUCGCCAACUACCCUAUCUACAAGAUUCUGUUCUGUGUGCGAGGCCAUGAUGGCACACCAGAGAGCGACUGCUUUGCCUUCACUGAGAGCCACUACAAUGCAGAGAUCUUCAGGAUCCAUGUGUUCCGCUGCCAAAUCCAAGAAGCGGUGAGUAGGAUACUGUACAGCUUUGCCACAGCGUUUCGGCGGUCAGCUAAGAAGACAAUUCUGUCAUCUCAGCAGCCUGCACCGCUCACCCCUGACACUGACUUGUUUACCUUCACUGUCAGUCUGGAAAUCAGGGAGGAUGAUGGCAAGGGUACCUUCAGCGCUGUAGCAAAAGACAAGGACAAGCAGAGCUUCAAGCUGCGUGCAGGAAUGGACAAGAAAAUUGUUAUUUAUGUCCAGCAGACCUCCAAUAAGGAACUGGCUAUUGAGAGGUGUUUCGGUCUCCUGCUCAGCCCGGGGAAAAAUGUGAAGAACAGCGACAUGCACCUGCUAGAUCUGGAGUCAAUGGGAAAGAGUUCUGACGGGAAGUCUUACAUCAUCACAGGAAGUUGGAACCCAAACACGCCUCAGUUCCAGCCUGUGAAUGAGGAAACACCCAAAGACAAAUUCAUGUACAUGACGACAGCAGUGGACCUGGUGAUCACAGAGGUGGAGGAGCCGGUCCGCUUUCUGCUGGAGACGAGGGUCAGAGUCUGCUCCCCAAAUGACAGGCUGUUCUGGCCCUUCAGCAAGCGCAACUACAUCGAGACCUUCUACCUUAAACUACGACAGAUGGAGCGUAAGGAGCGAAAGAGUCCUGCCUCUGACACACUUUAUGAGGUGGUGAGUCUGGAAAGUGAGACCGAGAGAGAGAAAUGGAAGACCACAGCUAGUCCCGGCAUAAUGCCCACCGGGACUGGUACCACGGUCCCUUCACCACCUGAGGAUGAUGAAGAGGAAGAUAACGAUGAGCCGUUACUCAGCGGGUCAGGUGAUGUUUCCAAGGAGUGUGCAGAGAAGAUCCUGGAGACCUGGGGGGACUUGUUAACCAAGUGGCAUAUGAACUUAUCAGUGCGUCCCAGGCAGCUGCCAGCUUUGGUGCGCAGUGGCAUUCCCGAGGCUCUCCGUGGGGAGGUGUGGCAGCUCCUGGCAGGCUGCCAUAACAAUGACCACCAGGUAGAAGAGUACCGCACUCUCAUUACAAAGGAGUCCCCUCAAGACAGUGCCAUUACCAGGGACAUCAACAGGACAUUCCCGGCUCAUGACUACUUCAAAGACACCGGAGGAGAUGGACAAGACUCCCUCUACAAGAUCUGCAAGGCUUACUCUGUUUACGAUGAGGAGAUCGGCUACUGCCAGGGACAAUCCUUCCUGGCUGCUGUGCUGCUGCUGCAUAUGCCAGAGGAGCAAGCUUUCAGUGUGCUGGUCAAGAUCAUGUUUGAUUACGGGCUCAGGGACCUUUUCAAACAGAACUUUGAAGAUCUGCAUUGCAAGUUCUUCCAACUUGAGAGGCUCAUGCAGGAAUAUAUACCAGACCUGUACAACCAUUUCCUGAAUGUGGGUCUGGAGGCUCAUAUGUAUGCCUCUCAGUGGUUCCUCACCCUCUUCACAGCCAAGUUCCCUCUUUACAUGGUCUUCCAUAUCAUUGAUCUGCUACUGUGUGAGGGCAUCAGUGUGAUCUUCAAUGUGGCCUUGGCAUUGCUAAAGACAUCAAAAGACGAUCUGAUCCAAACAGACUUCGAGGGUGCACUCAAAUUCUUUCGUGUCCCGGUUCCGAAAAGGUACCGCUCUGAGGAAAACGCAAAGAAACUUAUGGAGCUGGCCUGUAGCAUUAAGAUCAGCCAGAAAAAGCUGAAGAAAUUUGAAAAGGAGUACCACACCUUGAGGGAGCAACAGGAACAACAGGAGGCCCCCAUCGAGAGAUAUGAGCGGGAGAACCGUCGUUUGCAAGAGGCUAACAUGCGUUUGGAGCAGGAGAAUGACGACCUGGCACAUGAACUAGUCAGCAGCAAGAUAGCCCUGCGCAAAGACCUCGACAACGCUGAGGAGAAGGCAGACGCCUUGAAUAAGGAGUUGCUGCUGACCAAACAGAAACUGGUGGACUCUGAGGACGAGAAGAGACGACUGGAAGAAGAAUCGGCACAGCUGAAGGAGAUGUGCAGGCGAGAGCUUGAUAAGUCUGAAUCUGAGAUAAAGAAGAACGGCUCGAUUAUUGGCGAAUAUAAGCAGAUCUGCACGCAGCUGAGUGAACGACUGGAGAAACAACAGACUGCCAACCGAUGGGAACUGGAGAAAAUCCGGUCCAAAGUUGAAGGCUGUGAGAAGUGCAGUAGCCUUUUCAACAAGGAAGGUCGUGUGCGGGCGGCUGUGACCUCGGCCUCAGCUGGAGGGACUGAGGAGACCGAUGAGGAGAAGGAGGAUUUGAAGAGCCAGCUGAGAGAGAUGGAGCUGGAACUCGCUCAGACCAAACUGCAGCUUGUGGAGGCUGAGUGCAAAAUCCAGGAUCUAGAGCACCACCUGGGUCUGGCCCUCAACGAAGUGCAGGCUGCCAAGAAGACCUGGUUCAACCGGACGCUCAGCUCCAUCAAGACCGUCACCGGGACCCAGGGCAAGGAGACCACCUAACCUGAGAAGCCCAUCCUCCAGUUUUACCGUAACCAAGUCUGGAACUCCGUGCAACUCACCGCGCUGAAACCUCUCGACGCCUAACUUAACCCGCCGGACCAAACAAAACAUUUACCCUGAAAUCACAGAGUUACCAUAACUACAGACUGUGUUAUUUGUCCCUCUUAUCAAGAAUGUCCUUCCGGUUCCCACCGCUCCUGAUCGAACACCCCCACCCAUUUAUUCUCCUCUCCACCCACGAAUGACGACACCCGAGUGUGCUGAUGCGAAGGGGUUCAAAAUCAUGACAUGAAGUACAACGCGACCCACUUUCCUCCAGAGACGCAGUGUGCUUCCACCGGUCACCGGAAGAAAAGUGUAAAGCAAAAAAAAAAAGAAAAAGAAAAGGACGUGUUCCAUUUAUUUCUGUCUUUGAACUGCUGAUAUUAAUGACCCGCAGAAGGAAGGUAGGACAUCUGAACUGUUCCUGUCCAGUCAGGAUAGAGAAUCAAACACUCGGUCCUCCCUUACUGGUCUGCGUGCCUCCCUCUUCACUACCGGCACGAGCCAACCAGUCCCUGCUAAGUCCUUGUUUUAGGUACGAGCGCUAACAGACACCUUUUCGAAUUUAUGUUUAACAAUGCUUUUCUGUGUGUGUGUGUGUGUGUGUGGAAAACUUUGUGAGUGAGCACGCAUGCUUUUUUUGUUUUGUGUUGACUGUCCAUGUGUGUGAAACUGUAAAAAUGUGUUUGAAUGCAUAAAUAAUUGACUGAAUUAAUGUUACAAUGUGAGUACAACAACAGAAAGAGUGGGACUGUGUGUGGAACUCCACAGGAAAGCUGUGUGUGUGUGUGUGUGUGUGUGUGUGUGUGUGUGUGUGUGUGUGUGUGUGUGUGUGUGUGUGUGUGUGUGUGUGUGUGUGUGUGUGUGUGUGUGUGUGUGUGUGUGUGUGUGUGUGUGUGUGUGUGUGUGUGUGUGUGUGUGUGUGUGUGUGUGUGUGUGUGUGUGUGUGUGUGUGUGUGUGUGUGUGUGUGUGUGUGUGUGUGUGUGUGUGUACACGCAUGUAAGGGAAAAACUUUCCCUGGCUGUCCUUUUAAUGUUGAAAUGUGUAUAUGAAUGAUGCUACAGAAAAGUUUGCUGACAAAGCCUUGAUCUGAAGGUCGAUAAAGAUGAUACGAGUGGAUAUGAAUAUAUAAUUUACAGGAAGGACAGAAACAUGAAAGCUGUUGUAAAUGCCAACAUCAGCAUAACUUUUCUCACAUGUGUGAGACAUAAAACAUGCUUGAGGUUCAUUUUGGUUUUGAUGUCCCAGCACAAAGAGAAGAAGCUCCAAACCUCUGCAUGCAUAUUACAGCACAUCUGUAUGUAUGUAAGAACAUUGUGAAACCCGGAGUUACAAACCCUAAACAUCACUUCAAGGAAGUGUAAAGUCAAAAUGUAAAGGACAUAGGUUUUAAUUCCUGCUGCACUUGAACUCACCUUUUAAAAGAAAAGGAAAAAAAAACUCCAUACUUUGGUGUUAGCUGCUCUGUAACCUUUGACCUUGAGUGACAAGGUCACGUUUGAUUCUUUGCCAGGUAGCAGGCUGUGUUGUGUUUAUUUAUCACACUUAGGUUUUGGAUCUCUUUUACCACUACACGUAUAUACAAAAAAUACACUUUGUUUAACACUCCUUGUUGCUUUAUAGUACAGAUAUUAAAAAGGGUAAGAUGUUGGAUCUGAAAGGUGUUUUAAAAUGAACAGGAAGGCCGCAUGGACAGAUUUAGAUUGAGGGUGCCAGCUAGGAGCGAGGAGACAGGAGGCGUGUGCCUGCUUGUGUCAAAGCCUGCUUUCACGGAGGAGAGGGUUCCUCUGGCUUCUGGUGUCUCCAGAUAGAUCCCGUUACAUGAAAGAAACGUGUGUUUGUUCCGGGUCCGUGCUCUCGUCUCUGCAGCGGCACCUUUGGGACGAGGCGGAACAGGAGAACCACAGGAGAACGAUUUCCCAGCUUCCAAAAGUCUUCAGUAAUGGAUCAACUUUAUCGAACCAGCUUGGAGCAAAAAUCCUUGUGAAACAUUUCUGACACCUUGAUGAAUUCCUGUCUGCAAUAAUUCAAUGUGUUCAGGAAAAAAACGGAAGUUUCCCAGCACUGAGAGGGUUGAAGUAGAGAACAAUAAGUGUGUACUGUUGUGAAUGUAGAGGCAGGCAAGUAACACACACCAAGACACUUGUCAGCUGCCAGUCAUGACAUUCUGCACCUUAAGCGAGGAUCAGUCAGGAGUUCAUAGGGAUGUCACCAGAGGUCAAAGCAGGGGUCAAACUGACAUGCACUCCAAAUCAGUCCAGAAGUGGGAGGUGGGAGGUGGAAGAGUGCUUGCUUGUAUGUGUGUGUGUGUUUGUGUUUGUGUUUGUGUCUUCAUAUUUAACUGACUAGAAAGGGGUCUCGACAAUAUUGUAAUUUCUAUUCAUAUUUUUACGGAUCAGAUUAGACUGAAGAAAGAAAAAAACUAAGCUUUUCUUUUGCCGGCCUAAAAUGAACAGUUGCUGUAAAUGGCAUCUAACUUGAAGGAGGAAUCUGAUUGGCUGACAUCUACAUGACAGAUGUCAGAGAACAAGUCCAGAUGAAGAAUCAAAGGGCCGUCCCUCUAAAGGCACUGGGUUGUAUAUAACAAACAUUUAAAACAAUGAAUAUUGCGUUUUUGUUUAUGAUUUUCUACUGUAACUAUAACUAAUGUUGCCUACUUGUACCUACAAACCUGCUGUCGUGCUAUUAAUCCACAACAAUGUUUUAUUCUUUUAAUGUUUAUAUUGCUCAAAGCUUCUCAGUCAGACUGCUGUUUGGUUAAUAAAUGCCAAAACGUAGCUUUAUCAUCCACCAACAAAAAACAUUAUCAAUGUGUGGGAAUUGUUAUAGCGUAGGAUGCAUUGUGUAUACUUCAUGAAUUUCAAUAUAAUGAUAUCGACACAAUA